CAAGCCCUCUGCUUAUCUCCACCCGGUUUGCUUUAGGCUUUUGGCUAUCAAGGACAGACAGAAUGUUGGUCCAGAACCUACACCAUGUAACUCAACUCCGCUGGACUCUCUAAUCAGUGUCUUCCCAGAGUAUUUUCAGUUCCUUCUGAAGCACAGAUAAUUCCAGCUUCAGUCAACGUAGAGCUGAGUUCAGCUGAGAAGACACCCCUUUUCCCUUUGCUCUUGGGUUGUGUGAAACAGGGGCUCAUGUGUUCCAGGCUGACCUCACACUUGCUAUGUAGCCAAGGAUGACCUCACCUCUUGAUCCUCCCGACUGUACCUCCGGUACCUGCUGGUGUGCGCCAUCACACCCAGGAAGACAUUCCCAAGAGUUUUGUACGUUAGCAGAACAGUCUGUUUAAAGGUGUCCUCUAUCUGAUUGUUAGAAAUUAUUCAUUUCCUCAAACAGAGAAUAAAUUGUUUGGGGAUGCAGCCCUGCCCUGCGCUCUUCCUUUGCUAAAGGCCAACCCCGAAGGCUUCAGAAUCAUGAGAAUGCUUCUGCGCUUGAGCGUUCUGACUCUCGCCUGUGUCUGGGCCAUCGCUAUGGAGAUUCCCAUGAGCACAGUGGUGAAAGAGACCUUGAUACAGCUGUCCACUCACCGAGCUCUGCUAACCAGCAACGAGACGGUGAGGCUUCCUGUUCCUACCCACAAAAAUCACCAGCUAUGCAUCGGAGAAAUCUUCCAGGGGCUAGACAUACUGAAGAAUCAAACUGUCCGUGGGGGUACCGUGGAAACGCUAUUCCAAAACUUGUCACUAAUAAAGAAAUACAUUGACCGCCAAAAAGAGCAGUGUGGCCAGGAGAGGCGGAGGACGAGGCAGUUCCUGGAUUACCUGCAAGAGUUUCUUGGUGUGAUGAGUACUGAGUGGACAAUGGAAGACUGAGACUGAGCGGGCUCAGUGAAGACAGGACUGCAGAUCUCGAGUUGAUUUUUAAACUGAUGCAUAAAACCCACAAAACUGUACAAAUUAAGGGUUACCAUACACUGUUUCCAUUUAUAUUUACAUCAUGUAGUCAAGUUAAACCUAUCUAUGUCCUCAAACAUUGAUCAUUUACAUAUAAAAAUAUUUAACAUCCUUUUUGUGUAUGUAUAACAGAAACUCCUGUAGCUCAGGUUGGCCUCAAACUUGUAAAGUAGCCAAGGAUGACCUUGAACUUCUGAUCCUCCUGCCUCCUCGGCCUGAACGAUGAGUUGACAGGCAUGCACCAUCAUUACUAGUUUUUGUGAUGCUGGGAUGGAACCCAGGGCUCUGUGCAUGCUACCCAAGCACUCUGUCAACUGAGCUAUAUUCCCUAGCCCUCAUCCCCCUUUUUGAGACAGGGUCUCAAGUAUCCCAGGCUGACCUUGAACUCAGUGUGUAGCCAAGGAUGACUCUGAACUCUUGAUUCAUUUGGAAGCAGGAGGAUCACACAUCCCACUCCAACAUCCUUUCUCCUGGCCCUUUGAGAUAGACCUUACUCAGUCACUGUCUUGAUGAGGGAUGCCACACUAGGGCUUCCUGCUCCUAACUUCAGUUUAGUCCCCGUUAAUCAGCCUCCCCUCAACUCCCUGCUGCUCUCUCCCGCCUCCAGUAAGCCCACCUCUGCUCUCAACUCCUAGGAGGUUAACUGUUCUUGUGUUCUUUUGUAUGAAUCAGAUUGUGUCAUGAUCGUCUUUCUGGGCCUGGAGUAGCCAGAUUUGGGGGACAGAAAGGGACCUCUCAUUGCACUGAGAAUGGGGGCCAACCACAUGUGGGCCCGUCCUUUUCAGUGUAACUGAACUUGAGAAGCAAAGUGAACGCUUCGUGUGUACUGCAACUUUACCAUCCCACAUCAGCAGAAAGCACCAAAUGGUUGAGAUGUGACUCAGAUGUCAGGAUCACUGAACAAGCCUCCUCCAGUUUACUCCAGGAAAAAAUAAAUGUAUGCUUUUAUUUAAUUCUGUAAGAUGUCCAUAUUAUUUAUGAUGUGUUUAAGGAUUCAGUAAGUUAUUAUUUAUUGCAAUGUAUGCGAUAUUCUAAUAAAGCUAAAGGUACAACUCUCA